AUGACCGAGGCCCAACAACCUCAAGGACAACAACAACAAGACAAGAGCAAGCAAGAGCUCGUAAAGAUCAUCAAGCACUACAAGGAUAAGCUUGACAAGCUGGUUUCCCAAUUCAGUGAAGUCAUGGAGACCGCAAGUACCGAGCAAAUUCAGUUGCGUCAAGCUGACAUUGCCAAGACCCAAAAGGCUCUCGAUAGCUUCCGCUAUACCUAUGAGCGGGAAUACGGUGAAAAACCGAAACCUGCUAAAAAGGAGAAAGAAGCUAAAAAGGCUAAGGAAGGUGGCAAUACCACUACCAAAGUCUCUGAUAGGAUGUCCGCUAAGGAAGUGCCAUUGUUCCAGAUUGCUGGUUUCUCUGUGUUCGAUAGCAGCAAGGAGGUAUACCCAACUGCUGAGCACUUUUUGAACCGCUUCGAAAAGAUCUUGAAUGCCAAUACCAGUGGUUGCAAAAAGACUUGGAAAAGAUGGCUACCUUUGGCAGUGCCCCAUUACUUGGAUCAUUGGUUCAAGGAAAAGGUUUUUGCUCGUAAGGGCAUGACUUGGGACCGGGCAUGUAAAAUCAUUCUCAAACGCUUUACUGCUGCGGAUCAGCAAAUGCACAAGGCUAAGGAAGCAUACACCAUGAUGCAAUUACCUGCCGAGUCAGUUGCUGAUUAUGGAAUACGUUUCAUGAAUGCUGCUAGAGAGGGUGGUCUCGAAGACAACCAUAAUUUGGCUAUUCGUUUCCUCACUUCUUUGCAAGAUAGGAUUCAAGAAAACGUUCAGGUGGCGUGGAUUGGUAAACGAGGCAGUCAUAAGCCCAAACGGGUUAGUGAAAUCCUCAAAGUGGCCAAUUCAUUGACCAUUUACAAGCGUAAGCGUGAGGAGGAUCCGCAAUCCAAUGCUAGUAACAAGAAGUAUUGGUGCCCUCAUCAUCAGCAGUACGUUAAGCACAAGCCUGCUGACUGCAACCAAGCGGUCAAGUCCAAGCCCAAGGGCAACAAGGCUAAAAGCAAGGUUGAGUCUUUGUAUGAAGAUGGGCUUUGCAUUUAUUGUGGCAAGGACUGGGAUCCUGAUCAUCGUUGUGACGAAUACCGCGAGGCUAAAAAGAAAAAGCGGGAAGCCAAACGACAAGAAAAGAAGCUCAAUGCCUUUGCUGCCACUGCUGCUACUACUACUGCCGCCGAUAAUACAUGCAACUCAGCUGAUCCUGAGCCUGCUACCGAUAAGAUGGAGUCCACCGAUAUGGAUGAAGUCCCUCACCCUGCCGAUGAUGCCAUGGAAGAUGUUUUGAGUGACAUCGAGAAUAUCGAGGACAUCCUCAUUCAGUCUUCUGGUGAUCGAUGUGCACGCAUUGGUAUAACCGAGCCAUUGCACAUCAGCUAUAAUGGUCAUAAGACUACAUUUGUCUUUGAAGUGAUGGAUCUUGAUAAAGAGGAUGUCAUCAUUGGAGCGGAUUUGAUGCCGCAUAUUGGACUUGCAAUUACAGGUUUAGCUGUCCGCUGGGAUGAUGAAGAAGAUUCUAGUGAAAACGAGAAGCCUGAUUCAGACACUCCUAAUGACGCACCUGCAGGUUCUGAUGAUGAACGUAAAGCUUUCUUCAAUGGGAUUAACAAGUUCCUUGAAGCUAAUGCUAACAUCUUAUCCACCACGUUUUGUAACAUUCCUGAAUCAAUUGUGGAGUUGCCCACGCCCGAUGGUGUCACUUCGUAUCACCGCCAAUAUCCUAUACCGUUUAAGCUGAGACCAGUUAUUGAUGCUGCUGUCAAAAAAUGGCUAAAGGAUGGUGUCAUUGUUAAAGCUCCAGUCAACACG